CCCAGCCAGUUUGCGUCACUGCCUCGCAGAGCAGAGAAGAGCGAGCAGGGGAGAGCGAGACAAGUUUGAAGGGGAGGGCAGGCAGAGUUAGCAGCCCCCGAGGCUCUCCUCUCCCACCGCCCAUCCCUUUCCUCUCUUCUCCCCCAGCCUCUCUCUCUCUCUCUCUCUGCCCCAUAACUUUUCUCUCGAAAACCCCCUAUUUAGCCAAAGGAAGGAGGUAAGGGGAACCCUCUCCCCUCCCCCCUCCAAAAAACCCCCAACUUUUCCAGUCCGGAGAAAGCAGGGAAGCGAGCGGGCACCCGGCUGGCCAUGGAGCUGCUGUGCUGCGAGGUGGACCCGGUCCGCAGGGCCGUGCCAGACGCCAACCUGCUUUACGAUGACCGCGUUUUGCAGAACUUGCUCACCAUCGAGGAGCGCUACCUUCCCCAGUGCUCCUACUUCAAAUGCGUGCAGAAGGACAUCCAGCCCUACAUGCGCAGGAUGGUGGCCACCUGGAUGCUGGAGGUCUGCGAGGAACAGAAGUGUGAAGAGGAGGUCUUCCCUUUGGCCAUGAAUUACCUGGACCGCUUCUUGGCUGGAGUCCCAACUCCUAAGACCCAUCUUCAGCUCCUGGGUGCUGUCUGCAUGUUCCUGGCCUCCAAGCUCAAAGAGACCAUCCCUCUGACGGCGGAGAAGUUGUGCAUUUAUACUGACAACUCCAUCAAGCCUCAGGAGCUGCUGGAGUGGGAGCUGGUGGUGCUGGGGAAAUUGAAGUGGAACCUGGCGGCCGUCACUCCUCACGACUUCAUCGAGCACAUCCUUCGUAAGCUGCCCCAGCCGAGUGAGAAGUUGUCUCUGAUCCGCAAGCACGCGCAGACCUUCAUUGCUCUGUGUGCCACUGAUUUUAAGUUCGCCAUGUACCCGCCAUCGAUGAUUGCAACUGGAAGUGUGGGAGCUGCCAUCUGUGGACUCCAGCAGGAUGAGGACGUGAGCUCGCUCACUGGCGAUGCCCUGGUCGACCUGCUGGCCAAGAUCACCAACACGGAUGUGGACUGCCUCAAAGCCUGCCAGGAGCAGAUUGAGGUGGUGCUGCUCAACAGCCUGCAGCAGUUCCGUCAGGACCAGGGGGACGGGUCCAAGUCGGAGGAUGAACUGGACCAGGCCAGCACCCCUACGGACGUGAGGGAUAUUGACCUGUGAGGACGAAGUCGGGCCGAAUGGGAGAGAUAGCGUUCACAUCUGCUCUCUCCUUCUCUCUGGUUGUGUUUUGUUCUUUAUGUUUUAGGAUGAAACUUUAAAAGCAACAACAAAAAAAAUUCUGCCCCCACCUAGAUCAUAUUGAAAGAUCUUUUAGAAGUGAGAGAAAAAGGUCCUAUAAAAACGGAAUAACUAAAAGCAUUUGGUGCCUAUUUGAAGUACAACAGAAGGGAAUCCCUUGUAUAUGCGAACAGUUAUUGUUUGAUUAUGUUAAAAGUAAUAGUAAAAUGCUUACAGAAAAACCUGCAGAGUAGCUAGAGAAAAUGUACGCCUGCAAAUAUGGGAACAAAUUAGAGGAGGCUUUUUUUUUUUUCAUGUUAUGAACUAGCAUGUACACACCCCUUGUAGGAUAAUUUCAAGGAACUUGCGUAUGCCAUUUAUGGCAUGAUUAGAUUGCAAAGCAAUGAACUCAAGAAAGAAUUAGAAAUAAGGGACACGAUGGGGAGGGAGUACAAAACAAUCUCUCAACCUGAUUGAACCAUUUUGGAUGUAGAAGCACCUUUGUUCUCGACCACCUGUUUGUUACUAAGUCCGGAGCAUAGCUGAAUCUCUAGUUAUGAUCUCUUGCUGUCUACAGUAGCUGCUACCUAAAAGAGAUGUUUUAUUUUGCCAGUUGGACACAGGUGAUUGGAUUCUGGGUUUCAUGUGCUUGUGACAUCUUGCUUCUUCUUCCAAACAUGGUUCAUUGCAGACACCACCAUAUUUUUAUCAAAAGGGGCAAUCUCGCUUUGGGCCAUAACCAAAACUCAUAUGAAAUGGAGGGAGAUGGAGACCAAGGGUGGGAUCUGGAAUGGAAUAUUUUCUCUUCAUGUAUUCAAGAGGGUAAUGUGACCUUGGCAUCCUUUAUUAAAAAACUGAUUUUUGGUGCUGAUUGGCAUGUCUGGUCCACAGUUUAGCAUUGUUAUAAACCAUUCCAUUCGAAAAGCACUUUGAAAACUUGUUCCCGAGGGAUAGAUGGGAUGGUUUAUGCAAGUCAUGCUGAAUAGACUCCUCCCUGCUUCUCCUGUGCUCCUCCCUGCCUGCCCCAAGUCGGGGGACUAUUCACUUCUGGUAUCUGGCAUUCUCUGGUACACAGUUCUGGUAUCCCUACCGGGACUCAAGAGACAUCCCUUUCCACCGACAUUCCCAUCACAACAUUCCUCCAAAAAGCCUACAAACAAAGAUCUGUUACCAUUUCGGUGGCAAAGAAGGAUCUUAAUUCCCACCUAUAUGCUUCUCCUCUGGACAUGGAAAGAAAAGUUACUGCUGGUGCAGACAGACAGCUGAAUAUCAGAGUGUGGCAUUUUGUUCCCUUUUCCGUUUUUUCGUUAAUUUCAUUGCAAAGUUGUAUUCAGCGUACUUGAAUUUUUUUCCUCUCCACUUCUUAGAGGCAUUCAGUUAGCGAAGAGGUUGGAGCAACAACUUUUUUUUUUUUUUGCACAAUUAUAAUUGACAGGUAAUGAAGCUAUUAAAAUAUUUGCCUUUUUAAGUUAGAAAGAAAAAAUCAGAACAGGGCUGCUUUGAAGAAUUAUUUUAUACACAGAUUCUGCCUUGUUUCGUAGUAUGAGGGUUGAAGAUGGAGAAAAAUCUAAGGGUCUCUUAUUUUUCAGUUUAUUGUGUUCAGUUUUUUAUGAUUAUUUUUUUUUUUGCGCUGCUAAGAAGCUAAGAUCAUUCAUCCUUAUUCACAUUAACAGUACCUAGCUGUAAUGUUUCACAGAGUGUGCUGCUAUUUUAUAAACAUUUUUAUAAUAUAUUAUUUUACUGCUUAAAUUCCAAGUCCUGAAGUAGGUGGUCAAGAUAGGAGUUCUUCGUACUGGAAAAGCCCUUCCAUAGUUUUUCUUCUGGUAGCGUAUUCAUGGUUUUUUUGUUUUUGUUUUGUUUUUUGUUUUUUCCUUUUGGUUUUCUCUCUCUCUCUCUCUCUUAUCACAUUCUUCAAAGACAGAGCAUUCUUUACCUCAGGUUUACUGGACAAAAUCAAUAGCUACAAAAGAAAAUGAUUCACAUUUUUGUUUUCAUAAUACCUCACAACCGCAUAGUUUCUGCUUGGGAGCCGUUAGUGCGGGGAAAGGAGAAGUCGGCGAGGAGGCCGAAAGCCCCUCUCAGGUGGAGGGUGGGGUGGAUUUGGCCCUUGGGUCUGACACCCAGGGACCUUUUCAGUCAUGAAGGUCAUUAGGCUUCCAUUUUGACUCCGGUAUCCUCAUCAUGAUGGAAAAAAUACAAUUGAACCAAGGGAUUUCCCCUCCCCCCAUCCCCCAGGGCAGAUGUUCAGCACAAACAUUUAUGCAGUGAACUAGGAAGUCAUAAUUUGCACUUAGGGACCAGGUAUCAGGAGACAGAUUGAAAAGAAUUCCAGCAGGCUAUUUGGAGAUCCUCCUCUGUGGCCCUUUCUUUAAAGCAGGACUUUCAUCUGCUUAUCUCUCUUUCCCCUUCCCUGACAUGGCUAUCCCCAGUUUAGGAUCAUCUCAGAGGCUUUUCUAGGUCUGAAUCUGUGGGCACAUGAAUCUGCCGCACACGGGAUCACAAGGGUGCCUCCUCCCACCUGUCUCGCACCGCGGCCGGCCAGCCCCUCUGCUAAGUGGCACUCGGUGGUUUUCAGGUUUUAAAUUGCAUUGAAUUGGCAUGAUGGGGAAAACAGGGCAGAUGAGUAUUGGAGUGGGAGCGGGAGGGAGGUGAAGAGGCUGCAUCUCUGCAGAGAUGCCAUUCCGAUGAGUCAGUCUCUCUUGAAGUAUGUUUGGAAGGGUUCAGGAUUUGGUGAGUUAGCACAACCCUAAAAUUCUAGGGAGUUUCUGGUAGGACAGUGGGUGGUGAAUUCUGAAGUUUUGGAGAGGAAAGCUGAGCAGCCAGUGUUUUGUCAAGAGCUCACUUUGCAUAGGACGCUCUUUCAGGCCCUUGAGGAGUAACAGGGAAUGGAAGGAGGCGUGGUCCCUAAGUCCUUGGGAGUCUUGGAGCCUAACGAAAGCAAGGUACAAAGUCACUUAAUGGUGACUGUCCCUAAGCUCAAACAGAACCGGACGAAUAAGGAAGGGAACAGGCCUACAGGCUCUCCCUGCAGUCUGCAACUUCCCAGUUUUCCUGGAGCCCUGGGUGCCACCGGGGCCUUCUGAUCUUUUUCUCCUUCUGGUCCUCGGGGCCUGGUGUGAUGGGAGGUGUGGUGUUGCUGAUGGGAAGGUGCUAGGUUGUUUGGCUUUUCUGCCUACUCCCUCCUUAAACAAAAGAAGGAAGCUUGGAUUUGUUAAAGUAGCUGAUGCCCUCCCCUUAGAUCUUGGUUUCCUUGGUAGGAGUUUUCGUGAGAGGGAGUUCAGCCCUCCGCCACAGAUUUUUUUCUCCUUCUCACCUCCCACAAAUGGGGUUCCAGACCUAUUCUGGUCUUUUUUCUACUCUGUUGUCUUUCUCUCUGUUCUUCCUCCUCUCUGUGUUUUUGGUUUUUGGUUUUUUGGGUCAUUGUUGUUAACUGUUUUUCUCCAUCAGUGGGGGCUAAAUUGUUCCCCUAAGCCUGCCAAAUUUUAUUCCUUCCCCUAUUUUGGCCAAAUCCCAGGGGGGAAAGUCCUAGUAUGCCAAAAAUAUAUGCUAAGCAUAAUUCAAUUCCAUGCAGGUUCCUACCAGCCAAGAAGCCUGCAGGUGGGAGCAGGGGGUAGGUCCCUCCUUAGAAUGUCUUCCCGUGUUGACAGGAGGGCUCCUCAGAGAAGGGGGCUUGUCUCAGAGGAGGCUUUAUUCUGGAACUGUCCCAGAACCCCACUGAAGAGCUCACCACGUCUCAACAGCAAGAUCCCCUUUGGUCUCCGUGCUCUGUACAGGAGACUCUUGGUCUGCUGCUUUUCCCAGGCAGCCCAGGGCCAGAAGCAGCCCUUUGCCGGCAGGAUGGGCUUCUCUUCAGAGGGGGUUGUAGCUUUCCUGUGGUCUGGCACCCUCCGGGCCUUUCCACACUGCCCCGGGGGAGCUCUAGCAUGGAGGUGAAGAGCAUGAGGCAGGAUUGGACGACUUGCUCACAAGAGGGCGGGGGAAGUUUCUCUCCAUGGGCCACAGGGGCAGGGCUGGGAGAAGAAAGAGACUUGCACCUUAUAUCAUGUAAAUAAUGAUUUUCUAGUUCAAGAAGAUAAUAUUGGUAGUGUGGGAAUGGGAGGUAGGAACGGGGAGGAAGUCUGAGUAAGCCAGUUGGCUUCUAAGCCAAAAGGAUUCCUCUUUGUUUAUCUUUGAGACAGUCCAACCCUGAGAAUAGCUUUAAAAGGGAAAUUAGUGCUGAGACAGUAAAGUCCCCUUAAGCCAACAAACCGUAGCUAUAGAAUGAGCGCAGGCUUCUAGCGGUGUGGGCUCCGAGCAGUUUCGAAGAGCCACUCAUGCUGUCGCCCAUUUGUACAAAAUAGGGCAGGAAGAUUCAGGAGGAUGUUUAUGACUUUCUCAUACCACGUGGCUUUUCAUGAUUCUGGAUUCUAAACAACCCAGAACAGUGUUUUCAGCCAGAGCUAUUCUCCUACAUUUGUGUCUCUCUGCUUUUAGACUUGGCUGGACUAUCAGACCCGAUUCUUGGCUCAGGUUUCAAGAAGCCAUCAGCAAAUGUACACAUGCACGCUUGUCGCUGCAAUGUUUAUUCCUUUGCCUGCAGCCUACUUUGGGGAAAAAAAGUGCCUUACUGACUGUAGCCAUUGCAGUAUCCAGUGUAUUUUGACAGGUGCCUGUCAUAAAAAAAAAAAAAAAAAAAAAAAAAGUUUUCAUUUUUUUUUUUUUUUUGAUUGGUUUUUGUUUCGUACUGUUGGCCAACUCUUAAGUCCCCAGCAAAUCACUGGGCCAUUGGAUUUUUUCCAUUAUGUUCAUUACCCUUGUACCAUGUACCUCAGAUCUCUUUCUCUCUCAGUUACAGUUUCUCGUCUUGGACUUCUUUUAUUAUUAUUAUAAUUUUUUUUUUUUUGCUUUAAAAUGAGUGUGAUGCCAUAUCGAGUCAAUGUUAUUCUCUCACAAUGUACUCUAUAAGAGGUGUGGGUGUUUAUUUGGUCGGGAUGCUAGCAAGUGCUAAAGUAGCAUGAUCAGUAUAAACAAAAGGCUUUUGGAAGUGUGGAAAAAAUGUUUUACUGGUUAUGAUGGUGACAUGGUAUAGUCAGCCGCCUUUUAAGAGGUCCUGUCUGUUCAGUGUUAAGUGAUUUUAAAAAAUAAUGGCCUGUUAUUCUGACCAGCUUAAAGAUGGAUUUGCAAAUGGUUUUGGAUGCAAUUAGGUUAUGCUAUUUGGACAAUAAACUCACCUUGACCUAAA